AUGACUGGCAUUCCUGCAAAUAACACAAUAAUGCCUAUGACUACAGUGCCUGCAGGUAAUGCUACAAUACCCGUGAAUAACACCGUAACGCCUACGAGUGCCACUCCUGCAAAUAACACUAUAAUGCCUGUGACUACACUGCCUGCAGGUAAUGCUACAAUACCCGUGAAUAACACAGUAACGCCUACGAGUGCCAUUCCUGCAAAUAACUCUACAACACCUACAACUACCAUACUUGCAAAUAACGCUACAAUACCCGUGAAUAACACAACAACGUCUACGACUAUCAUUCCUGCAAAUAACUCUACAACAGCUACGACUACCAUACCUUCAAAUAACGCUACAACAACUACAAUUACAAUGAUUACGAGUACAAUAUCUACAACUACAAUGCCUGUGACUAAUACUACGACGCCGGGGAGUUCUAGUAGUACACGAACAAGCAUUUCGUCAUAUAAAAAUUGUUAUCAGCCUAUCAUAACAUUAACUCCUGCUAAUUCAUCUUUAUCAUCACCAUUACAAUAUCGACGAAGUGAAGCUUUCUCUAUUAGUUCAUAUAUUCAACUAAAUUGCAGUGGUUCACUUUCCAAUACGAUAGAAUGGAAAAUAAGUCACUGUACAUCAACAAUUUGUUCAUCUGAAACUCUACAAGAACAAACUAUAAUUACAACAUUGAGUGAACUUUAUAUUCCAGAACUAACGCUUGAUUAUGGGACUUAUCAGUUUACAUUAACUGUUAGAAUGUUUGCUGCACGUCAAUUAUCUUCAGCAGCAUCUGCUUAUAUACAAAUAAUUCCAUCGAAUAUUGUUGUAAAUCUUGUUCAAUUUGGCCCUACCAUGAUUACACGUGGAUAUCAACAAGAUCUUAUUCUUGAUCCAGGAAGCUAUUCGAUUGAUCCUGAUACCAUUACAUUUAAUGCCAGUAAUUGGAACUAUGAAUAUUAUUGUCGAAUUUAUCCCGAUUACAGUUUUCCAAGUAUUUUAGGAACUGAUUUACCUCUUGAUGAUCCAAGAACUCAACAAUUUAAUUCAUCAUGCUUUUCAAAUCAAUCAGGAUUAAACUAUGUUGGUGCAACUAAUUCACCAAAAUCUUCAUUAAUUAUUCUUGGAAAUUCACUAAAAUCAAGUCAAACUUAUCAAUUUAAAGUUACAAUGCUAAAUCUUCAAAAUUCAUCUGUUCAAGGUUUCGAUUAUCUUCUCGUGAAAGUAGAACGUAAUCAGCAAAUGUUGAUUGUGAUGGGAUGUGUUAUUUCAACAUUAUGUGGUGAAAAUGUCGAAUAUCAAUAUGUGAAUCCAACAACACAAGUUGCUCUUUUUUCUACUUGUACGGAUAAUUGUCAAUCUAUAAAUAAUAUCACUUGGAACAUUUAUCAAGGUGUAAUGAAUACAACAUCGAAUGUGGUUCAAUGGACAGCAUUUCAGAACGUGAAACAAUAUGAAAAUAUUUGGUUCUUUGGUUCAAACACAGCUAAUUUCACUGCUAAAAAUAAUCUAUUCGUUUCGAACGCGCUGAUUAAUUAUUGGCGUUUUGAAGUUGUUUAUUCAUCUUCAUUACAAAAUGGUUCAAGUACAAUUGAUUUCGAAAUAAAUCAAUCCCCGCAAA